GCGAAAUGCAGUUCUUCACAAACACAACAAUGGGAAGACCAAGGGGCAAAUCGAAAAUCCAAUGAAUAUAAAUCCCCCUCAAUUUGAAAUAAAUUACAACUCUAAUUACCAAUAAACCCAAGAGACUGAAUGAGUGGCAUUAGAGAAAUAAGCCGAAGUAUCAGAGGUCUUCUUCUUCCCCACUUCUGAAAGCCCCAGGUCCGUCCGGACUCCUGUCUCCCAAAUCCAGCCCUGUGAUUUCUCAGCCAAAACAAACGAGUUAGUAUAAGACCAAUCCUUCCAGUUGGACCAAGUUUUCUCUAUUGUGCCGGCUGUAUACAAUCGCCCGCUGUACAGAUUUGUACUUGUUCGGGUUGAGGGCUUCAGGGUUCAACUGGAUGUGACUUGUGCUAUUGAAAAGUUCGGAAUUCAAACUUGGCUUCAUUUCAUUAAAGAAGCAUGCUUUUGGGGUUAUAAUGUUUCCUGUUGCUUUAUGCACUAUUAAAUCAGCUUAAGUCAACUCAGGUUCUCCAUAUUAGUGAUGGAUUGCAAUAAGGAAGAGGCCAUUAGGGCCAAGGUGAUUGCUGAGAAGAAGAUGCAGAGCAAGGAUUUCGUGGGGGCUCGUAAGAUUGCUAUAAAGGCGCAACAACUCUAUCCUGAUCUGGAGAAUGCAUCUCAGAUGCUUAUGGUUUGUGAUGUGCAUUGCUCUGCUGAAAAAUUGUUUGGGACUGAGAUGGACUGGUAUGGUAUCCUUCAGAUUGAUCAAACAGCGGAUGAGAUAACAAUUAAGAAGCAGUACAGGAAGUUUGCUCUCCAACUUCAUCCUGAUAAAAACAAGUUUUCUGGUGCAGAAGCUGCUUUUAAGCUGAUUGGUGAAGCUCAAAGAGUGCUUUUGGACCGUGACAAACGGAGCAUGCAUGACCUGAAACGCAAGACUUCUGUGAGUAAAACAGGUGUGCCACAUCGACCCCCACAUAGGGCGAGUUGGAACUCAAAUCCUGGAGUUCAAAACAACUCCAGAGGCAACUUUACAGGCGUUAAUCUCCAGAGCCAGCAGCAACAACAGCCUUUUCCACCGGGGUAUUCAGAUGCCCGAUCGACUUUUUGGACUGCCUGCCCAUUUUGUUCAGUUAAGUACCAGUAUUAUAGAGAAGUUCUUCUUAGAUCUCUUCGUUGUCAAGGCUGCGGUAAGCCCUUCAUUGCAUAUGACACAAAUGUGCCAGGUGGCGCACCACCACCACCACCACCACCACCACCAACUAACUUAAGUCAGCAGGCAUUCCCCCCCAAAAAAGUCAAUGUCAACAUGUCUGAAGUGAGACUUCAGAGGAAUGUUGGAGCUGAAAACUCCAAAGCUAAACCUUUCCAAAAGACAGACCAAAGGUCAAGUAGCUCUUCAGGUGUUCGUUCAGAAAAGGUAAAGCGUAAGAGAGACAGGAAACGUGUAGUAGAAUCCAGUGAAAGCAGUGACUCUGAAAGCAACAGUGAUUCUGAAGAAGAUAUGGUCAUUGAUGAUGCAAGCGGCAGUGAUUCUGAAGAAGAUAUGGUCAUUGAUGAUGCUGUUCUUCAGGCUGGACUGAAAUCUGGAAUUUAUGGAAACCAGCAACCACGGAGAUCUUCACGGCAUAAGCAGCAUAUUUCUUAUAAGGAAAAUCUAAGCGAUGGUGAAGACACUCCUCUAUCAAAAAGGGAGAAGAGGACUGUCUCAUCCUGUGCCACUGAAGAGGAAAAUGAAGACGCAUCUAAAGUGGAGGAAUCUAUAAUGAAUAAUAAAUCUGAUCGUGCCGCUGACACUAAAGGAGAUGAAAAGGUGAAACAGAAAGAAGAGUGUUUGACAAAUAGAGUUGGGGAAAAAAAGUCUGGGGCUAAAGAAAGGGUGAAAGUAUUUGACUCUAAGAAAAUUUCUGAGGCACUUGAGAAUUCUGCAUCACAUAAAAGCUCCAAUGAAAAACAAGAACCAGACCCCUUGUAUUCUUUUCCUGAGAGUGAUUUCAACGACUUUGAGAGGUACCGGAAAGAAGAACUCUUUGAAGCUGGGCAGGUGUGGGCUAUUUAUGAUACUCGAAAUGGGAUGCCAAGAUUCUAUGCUAGAAUCAAGAAAGUUCACUCACCUGAGUUCAAGUUGCAGAUAACCUGGCUAGAGCCUGACCCCGAUGAUGAUAAUGAAAUGAAAUGGGCCAAAUCUGACUUGCCGUUUUCUUGUGGUAAAUUCAGACAAGGUGACUCUGAAAUCACGAAAGAUCUUCCCAUGUUCUCUCAUUUGAUGACUUGGGGGAAGAUUAGAAGUUCUUACAUGAUAUAUCCAAGAAAGGGAGAGAUUUGGGCCAUUUUCAAGAACUGGGACAUAAACUUGUACACUGAUGCAGACUCUAAUCAGAAGCUGAACUUUGAAUACGAAUUUGUUGAUAUUUUAUCAGACUAUUCUGAGGAUGUUGGAAUAUCUGUUGCACUCUUGGACAAGGUGAAAGGUUUUGUGAGUGUUUUCUGUCGAAGGGUUAAGGAUGGGAAAGGCACAUUUCAAGUUCCACCAGGAGAAUUAUUGAGGUUUUCCCACAGAGUUCCAUCUUAUACAUUGACUGGUGACGAAGGAGUAGGAAUUCCAUCAGGAUCUGUUGAGCUUGAUCCCGCCUCUUUGCCUUUUAAUAUUGAAGAAGUUCCUAUUUCUAGAGAUCGGAAAACGGAGGCUAGUACUCAUAGUAAUGGUUUUUCUAAAUCUCCGGAUACAAGGAAUGAAGACAGUAAUGUUCCCAAAGGGUCAUCGCCAGAAGGCAUCGCUAUUCCAGAAGCUGAGUUCUACAACUUUGAUGCUGAUAAAUCUCUGGAAAAGUUUGAGAUUGGUCAGAUCUGGGCAUUGUAUAGUGAUGAGGAUGGCUUGCCAAAAUACUAUGGCCAGAUAAAAAACCUUGAUUGUCACCGAUCCAAAUUGCAUAUUGCAUGGCUUGCUUCCAACUUACUACCAGACAGGGUGAUUCGAUGGCAUGAUGAGGGGAUGCCUGUUUGCUGCGGGAGAUUUAGGGUUAGAAGGAGUACGCUCCAGGACUAUGAUUCUACUCUGUCCUUUUCACACCGGGUAAAUGCAAUUUCUAUUGGUAAGAAUGAUUUUGAAAUAUAUCCUCAAAGAGGUGAGGUUUGGGCGUUGUAUAAGAACUGGACAGCUGAUCUCUCGUGUUCUGACUUGGAUACCUGCGAGUAUGACAUAGUGGCAGUGUGGAAAGAAAAUGAUAUUCAAAGAGAGGUCUUGAUUUUAGAGCGUGUGGAUGGUUUCAACUCAGUUUUCAAGACUCAGUUGAAAGGAGGAUCAGCUGAAACCAUGACCAUCCGUGGGGUUGAGCUACUAAGGUUUUCUCACAUGAUUCCCUCUUUCAAGCUAACAGACCAAAAAGGCGGCAGCCUCAGAGGGUGCUGGGAACUUGAUCCUGCUGCAUUGCCGCUUCGGUUCUUUAGUCAGACUUGAGUUGGCAACCAGACUAGCCUUUUGCUUCAUAGGGCCUCUUCCCAGGAUGCCGGUGUGGGAAAUGGAACCGUCUGGGAGAAGAUUCUGAUGUAUUCUAGCGCGACCGAGCCUGCCCAGUUCUGAUUAACGAAUCAACCAGCCGUCUUUUGAUUGGUAUUAUGAGGCAGGCAAAUUUUGUAGCCGACUUUGGUCUUUGGUGAGGAAGGAGGAGGUGUCUCUGCUGGUUUUUUGUAUUGCGUAUUCUGAAUAUCUUGUUUAUAGAUCCUUUAAUUUUCAUUGAACCCUGGGUUACCAAUGCUGGAAUGUUGGCCAAACAGUUCAAAAAAGAAAAACUGAAAUUUUUUACUGUAUCUGGAACCUAGUAUUUGAAUUUUCUGAUGAACAACCACAUCUUCCUAGA